GGGCUCCCAACCACCCAAGUACCCGUUGGCGGCGAGCUUCAGCGACAACGGAGAAGGCGGGAGAGAGGGGCCAGGGCUCCCCAAGCCCCACCCACACCUCCAGUUCAAAUUUGAUAAACGAAGUUACAGCAUCCAGAGUAACACCUUGUAUCUCCAGAACUGCAACGGAAGCAGUUCCAGGAGAAAUGGAUGCUGUCAAAAACCACAAGGAGACAGAGCAGACGUCUUCUUACGCUGCACUGGAUUGCCCAGCUCAGGCGUCUCAGCCAGCAUCUGCAACACCAGCAAUUGUAGACAAAACCAAGAAAAUGGGAGAGACUUAUCACUUGUCCAGUCAGAAGUUUUGUCAGGAGAAUAAAGGGAAGAAAAAAGUCUCUUUCCCCCACCUCUAUGAAAAAGAAUGAGAGCCGAAGUUAAGAGAGAGAAAGAUAAAUAUUCCAAAGGGCACAAGAGCCGCAAGUUCUGCCUCCUGUGAGAUAUGUCUCUUGGCUGUCUGCACUCAAGACCGUUGUCAGACCACCGAUAGCCGUGCUCCUUCUACCAAGGAAUCACCAAGUGGAAGAUGCCAUCAUCGAAGGGGCGACCCGAGGCAGAAGCCAGUGGGCAAAACAUCUCUCAAGGUUCGCCCGACCCUUUUAAAGGCAGAACUGGAAGAACUGGACAAGAAAUACAAGAAAAUCGAAGAAGAAUUCGAAAAUGCCGAAAGAGAGCUUUUGAAUGCUGAACAGGAAGGCCCCAAGAAACACCUGAAUUUUCUAGACACGAGGGCGGCAACUUCAAAGAAAGACUUUGAGCUCCAGGCUUUGAGAAAUGACCUGUUCAGAAAAGCAACUACUGUCAAAAGCUUAACUAAAGAGCUCCGGCAAGCCCAAGAUGUCAUCCACAAGCUGCACCAGGAGAACCACAAUUUAAAAGAAAUGGUGAAGAACCUAAAGCAGCGUACCGAGGCAGGCAGCGCCCUCCUACAAGAGGAACUGAAGUUAUUCUACGAAUUCGAAAUAGAAAAGGUCCGAGGGGAGUUGAACGCCAUCAAGAGCGAACUGAAAAUCGAGAAGACCCUGCAAGCAAGGAACAAUUGGGCCCUGGAACUGCUGCGAACACACUUUACCUCAGAAAGGCCAACCAGUGCCCUUGGCCCAAAUUCAGGGAAUACUUCUUCAAACCCUACAAAAUAAAAAUUGAAAUAAAUAAAGCCUUCCAUUAGGCCAGUCCUGGAGCAAAA